CGGGCGGCAGGAGCCGGCCCCGGCAAGAUGGCGGCCCCCUUGGAGCUGAGCUGCUGGGGCGGCGGCUGGGGGCUGCCGUCCGUACACAGCGAGUGCCUGGUGGUGAUGGCUUAUGCCAAAUUUUCUGGUGCACCCUUGAAAGUCAGUGUUAUAGAUAACACCUGGAGAGGUUCACGAGGUGAUGUGCCAAUUUUGACAACUGACGACAACAUUGUUUCUCAACCCGCAAAAAUAUUAAACUUUUUAAGAAAACAGAAGUAUGAUGCUGAUUAUGAACUCUCAGCAAAACAAGGGGCAGAUACACUGGCAUACAUUGCUCUCCUGGAAGAGAAACUUCUCCCGGCUGUGCUUCACACAUUCUGGGUUGAGAGUGACAAUUACUUUACUGUGACGAAGCCAUGGUUUGCUUCACGGAUUCCUUUUCCCUUGAAUUUAAUUCUGCCUGGGAAGAUGUCAAGGGGAGCACUGAACAGAAUACUCCUGACAAGAGGAGAGCCUCCUCUCUACCGUCUCCAAGAAGUGGAAGCACAGAUAUACAGAGAUGCCAGGGAGUGCCUAAAUCUUCUGUCAAACAGAUUGGGAACAUCUCAGUUUUUCUUUGGAGAUACGCCUUCUACCUUGGAUGCCUAUGUGUUUGGUUUUCUUGCGCCUCUUUAUAAAGUACGGUUCCCUAAAGUUCAGCUACAGGAACAUCUGAAGCAGCUCUUCAACCUGUGUCGCUUUUGUGAUGACAUACUAAGCAGUUACUUUAGGCUCGGAGGCGUCUCUCCAACUGGACAAGAAGUAGUAGAUGCAAACCUGCAGAAACUCACACAGCUUGUAAAUAAGGAAUCCAACUUGAUUGAGAAGAUGGAUGACAAUCUUCGCCAAAGCCCUCAGCUUCCUCCUCGGAAGCUUCCAGCCCUCAAGCUGACACCAGCCGCAGAAGAGAGUAAUUCCUUACAGCGUCUGUCACCGUGACACUCGUUGGCUUUUUGUGCGUGUGUUCAGAGUCUUACACAUGGUUGCUGUAGUCACACAGAGUGCAUGAAGGCUACAAGAAAACGCUGUUGAGAGAUACAAGGAAGACUAAAACAGAGGAGCUUCUGCAACCUUUUUAUUAGAAAGCUUGUAUUUUAGCUUGCACUGCACUUUACAUAAAGCUGAAUGCUAAGUGAACUUGGAGGGCGGGAUAAAGACACAUUGUACUGUAUGUAAGAAAAUCUUGCCUUCAUUGCAGCGAUCUUUGCCUUUGGUUCAGAUUCUGCUGACCAGAAACUACAAUUCUGUUCUGAAUGUGCUUUGUAAUUUAUUCAUAAUUAAUUUAUUAACCUAGUUUUCAUAGACCUGUCUGAAUACAUAAUGUGUAGCUGUUUGGCUGACACUUUAUACUUCUGUUUGGAAGCCUGAUACUAUUUUAGAAGUUAGGGAAAAGAUAAUUAUUUCAAUAGGAAAGCCUGUAUUUACCUUUAAGACACAGCGAGGAAUGUAUUUUUAAUUAUGCUGUCUUGCCUAACCCUCGGGUUUAGUACCACAUAUACAAAUGUAAAAGGUGGUUACAUAUAAUAAUCACCUGAUACACUCUUCACUAUAACAGUAUUUACAGUGUGUUCAAUAUAGGUUAACAAAGGCUUUUUUUGAUUUCUGGGCAAAUGUGGAAACUUUAGAUCCAUGUAUUUGUAGUAUAUAAUCAUACCAUUCUUAUGUUGAUUCCAGAACUGGAUAUGUUGGUUAUCAUUACCAUGUUCAGCUGAAAACUUGAAGUUUUUCCAGUUGUUUGUUAAUCACUACUCUAUGGCCAGGGCCAUAGAAACACCUGUGUGUCUCUACUCUGAGUUCUCCAUGCCUCACUCACACCUGUGUGCAUUGGCUCCGAGUUCUCCAUGCUUCACUCAAACCUGUGUACCUCUGCUCUGAGUUCUCCAUGCUUAACUCACACCUGUGUAUGUCUGCUCACACCUGUGUGCGUCUGCUCUGAGUUCUCCAUGCUUAACUCACACCUGUGUGCGUCUGCUCUGAGUUCUCCAUGUUUAACUCACACCUGUGUGCGUCUGCUCUGAGUUCUCCAUGCUUAACUCACACCUGUGUGCAUCUGCUCUGAGUUCUCCAUGCUUAACUCACACCUGUGUGCAUCUUUGAGUUCUCCAUGCUUAACUCAGGCCAGUAUUUUUUUUCCUAAGAAGCAUUAUCACAUCAGCUUCACAUGCUUCUUGACGACCAAUUCUUUUCCAUAUAUUUUAAAUACAGUUGAAGGAUCCAAAGGAAUAUAUCAGAAGUAGCAGUUUUUUAAGACUAUUUUGUAUAUAUUGGUUGCUGAACUGUUAAAGGAUUUGCUGUGUGGUAAUUUUACUUACAAAGAAACUUGCUUAUUUUAGUGGUUGAGGUGCUUCUGUUGUCCUAAAACCACUUCUGGGAUUUUAAAAAUAUAGGACCAUGCUUUUGAUUAGUGUCCUAAAAGAUUACUAUGGUGCUCAGCAAAUCCUACCAAGUCCUUCAGAAACCUGAACGUUAGGAAAAUAAGCCUUGUAGUCAAGAGACCCGCUAAUGUGAGCAGAGUGGAGUUGUUCGUGUGUGACCACAUCCUCCCAGUUUGCUCUGCAUUCAUGGAACUGUUUAUAUGAAAGUCUUGAAAUCAUUGUAAAUAUUUUUUCUUGAAAGCUGUAAGUGGGACAUAAGGUAUCUUCACAGUCUUGUUCAUCGGUUGGGAUGUCCUUACAGGAAGUCCAGCUUCUACAGCAAGGGAUGUGUGCAUUGGUUUUGGCUCAUCUUCAAAGGCAUUAUUUUAGCAAUCUGAAAUCUCUAUGAAUAUUUUAUAUCGGAAAUCAUGGCUAUGAGGCUUUAUUGUGCUAGGAUUGAUGUAUAUUGGAGAAGAUGGUUAACACAUUAAUCAGACAUCUGUUUAUACUUUAAUCAGAGUUAGUCAUUUUCAGUUAUGAUUAAUGGUAAAUCUUCCAAAGGUUUUGAAGUUUGAAGUAGUUUACAGUUGUAAAACACAUGUAAAGUAGGACAGUUAUUUUUGAAAAGACGGAAAAUGUAUAAGAGAAUGAUACCAGCACUAGCAGACUAUGAAAUGGAGUGGUAAAUCUGGCAGGUUUCUCCAUGGUGAAGUCAAAAGAUACUAGGGGGAAAAAAGAUAAUACUGAGUUAAAUGAAGUUUUCCUUUCGAUAAAACUGCUAAUGUCUAUGAAGAAGGUAUGUUUAAACAGGAAUGUAGAGGAUGAUGUAUGUAAGAUACACAGACUUCACCUAAGAAGUGUACUGUAAUAUUUUGUAUUGAAAUGUUAGUAAAAGGAGGAUGUUUGAAGAUAGCGAGUAUCUGUCCUUGCUAGUGGUGAGGAUGGCUGCAGAUAGGAUGUGUUUGCUUUUGGCCAUUCUGCUUUGGAUUUACUUUGUGUUAAAUUUUAGUGUCCUUGUGCUUCUAGACCGCCUUUGCUGAGGCAUAGAGCGAGAGUCCGGUAAGAACUAUGUGCUAGCUUCCUUUGUAUAAGUGAGCUAGAGGGUCAGCUAUACCUGAGCACAAGUACUUUAGGGACCAGCCACACACCAAGGAAGCUCCUGGAACAAUUGGUAGGCUGGACAGAGGCCCAUGGCCGUCCUGUCAGAGCAUUUCUGCAUAAAGCUAGAGUGUGUUGGGAAAAAUGGCCCAUAGUCUUAAACAAAAUGCUGUGAGUCACUGUCUUUUGGAAGUGAUGGAUAUGAAAAUUGGAAAUGUUCUAGUAUUUUUGUGAGUACGUGAGUAGAAAGAGUGGUUAGGUCAUUCCUGUGAGGUGAAGGUCCUCCACUGUCACUGUUGUCACAUUGAUCACUGGACACUAAGGAAACUGUAAGUGCAGAACAUAGUCAUUCCUUCAAAACUGUGUUUGGACCUUGCAAAAGGUGAGCACUGACACGUAAGUUUCUAUUCAGGUGUGCUUGAAUUAUUUUUUGAGUACUAGAGGACUUAAGAUUUUAGAAAAGCCAGCACUUUUAUUUCCACUUGUAAUUCCUAUCCAUUUAGUAUUGCUGGAUGUGGUAAUGUGAGGGAACAAAGAGGCUUAUUUUAGUCAGAACUAAGUUAAGAAUUUUCCAAGUCUGUAAAAAUGGAGAAAAUUAACAGCAAAACAGGCAGAAACUUGUAACAGAAUAUCUUAAGAAAACCAACUUGUUUAAGUAGCUUUAUGUGAUAAAGUGCUAUUUGUAUUUGGUAGAAUCUUCAAAAGUGCACAUUUACCAAGCUUGUUACAUUUUGGGGGUAGUUCUUCACAAGCUGUCAAAAGAUUUUACACCUUUAAGCCAGAAUACAAAUGCUUAAAUACAGAUAGGAAAAUGAAUAAUGGGGUCAUGAGAUAGCUCGCUUCUAUUUUUGUAAUGUUUUAGAGUCUAUAAUUUUUUUUGAAACUUUAGAAAGAGGUAUAAAAAUAAUAGAGUAAAUAUGUCAUUAUCUACAUAGUUCUAAUUUAGAAUUUAAUACUGCAAACAAUAUUUAGUUCCACAGGUAACUCAAAUAUAAAUUCAAUAUUUUUUUUAUUUAUGAGUUUAAACUGAAAAGCAACUCAGGGUUAUAACAAAUGCUUAUUUAAAGAUUUACUUUGUCUUACAAACAAGAAAAAAAGCAACAAUCUAAAAUAAACAACAAAACCCUCCUUUUCUAUAGGAUAUCAAAAACUUCUGGUUUUAUAUUUCUAAUUAUGUAUUUUCUUUUGGUACCUUAGUUCAUGUUUGAGGAUAAAGUACAUUAAAUAUUUCUUACUCUCUUCUCUCCAUGUACACAGUGUGGCAUGGUGUUCACUGAGGCCGCUAAUGAAGAAAAUGUGACACAUGCCUGUGUCCUUUGUGUUUUAAGCUCAAAGAGAGUUGGUGAUCAACUUUGUCUUGGUUUAAUAAUUUUACAACUGAAAUCCUGAGUAGAGCAACUCAGAUAAUUUGGGUUGUGGUGAUUUUUUAAUGGGGGUAUAUAUUCUUGGUAGUUAAGAAUUAUCUUCUUUAAUCUUUUAUUUUUGCUAUUGUUCAGCUCUGUGAAGUUUACAUCUAUUUGUUACCAUUUUCGUAUUUCUUACAGCGUUAAAAAUGUUGUUUUUAUAUGAAAUUAAUGAUGAAUACAUCGGAGGUCCCACUACCCUGAAAAGCUUAAUUGAAGCUUCAUUAGGCCUUCAGAACGCUCGUAGGGAUGUAAGGAUGGGAUCUUGUGAUGGUGUCUGCAUUGGUUGUUUAGUUUCGUUUUUAAAGGGUUGCAUAGUACGUUAGCCUAGAAAUUGCUGGCUGUAGUGAUCUCCAGGAGCCUAGGCUGCCUGUCUUGGGCUUUUACUAUUGAUGAUUAGGGCAGGUGGGUUUUCUGGAUAUUAAAAAAGAUAAAGUCUUUUUUUCUCCAUAAAAGUAUGCCAUGGAUUGCUGAGUUAACAUUCUUGAACAGUGAUGUGAUGUGUGAUAAAAGUGUAAGUAUGAGGUCACUGCUGGUGAUUAGAGAGGGUUAUGUUGUAAUAGAGGAUUAAUUCAGAAUAAAGAAGUUAGUUUCCUAAAAAAAUAGGCAAUCAAGUAUUUUUAUGCUCUCAUUAUUAUUAAUUUGAAAGUGUAAAUUUAAAAACCCUCCUAGCUUAUGGAAGAAGUAGUUCCCAAAAGGGUGUUUUAGCAAAAGACUUUAUUCCAGCAUGUUUGGGAAAUGCUAGAUUAGGCAAGAUAAAGUCCUUAAGCUUUUGAGGACCUUUGGUGCACUAGUGUGUUUCCAGUCUGCAUGCUUUGAAGAUAUUUAAGUCUUAGAACUGACAAGAGUCUCAACAAGGACGGCACACACACACAUUUCCUAGGAGGGUCUCAGUUUCCGUUAAGCACCUCUGUAUAAUUGGAGAAAGGAUGCACCACUUCCAUAAUUUUUUUCCAUGUGGAUUUUUUUCUUUGAAAGUGUGUUGUGGGAGUUUUGUCCUGAGACGCACACUCAGGACAGCUGCUCUAAAGCAACUUGGCUCCCUUGGACUCCCCCUUCGCUGGCGAUGGUGAGGGUAGGAGCUGGCACAGGUGAGGCAUGAGGGCUUGUUUACUUGUAACAUAUACAGCCAUGUGUUUGGAAAAUCCAUGUUCUGGCUGUGUGUUCGAAGCCAAGCCUGCCUUUGAGCUGUCAGUGGUGGAAUGUGAACAUCUCGCCACAUGAAAAACAGUUGGAUCUUUGUUCUAAUUCUUUAGAAAAUUCUUUGGAAAUUCAGAGAAAUGCCCUUUAAUCAUUUAGUUUACACAUCCCUGGUCCCUGGAAAUCACAGACAAUGCCUUGCCAAAAUUUGCAUCAAUCCUCAGCAAGUCGUGUGCUUGGGACCAUGGGCUGCUUGGCCUGCGCACUGCUUUUUGUUGGUUGCAGAAGGAAGGGCUUGCCCAAGCUUUUUAAUAUAUAUAUAUAAACUAUUUAAUUAUUUGUAAACAGAAAGGUAGAAGAAGGGGCCACACCAGGGCCUCCAGCCACUGCAAACAAACUCCAGACGCGUGCACCACUUUGCGCACCUGCCUUCAUGUAGGUGCUGGGGAGUUGAGCUCUGGUUGUCAGCCUUUGCAGGGCAGCACCUUAACUGCCCAGCCACCUCUCCAGCCUGUGCUGAAGCUUUUAAGCGCACACGUGAGAUUUAUCUCCCUUAUGAGUCAGUGUUUUAUUUUAUAAAAUAGAAAAAAUGAUGUUAAGUGUGCACAUGAGAUUUAUCUCCCUUAUGAGUCAGUUUUUUUAUUUUAUAAAAUAGAAAAAAAUGAUGUUUUUAAGUGGGAAUGUGAAGUAUUUUCAAUGCGAUAGCUUCUAGGAGGAUUGGCAGUGAGAAAAGACAAAUACAUAUGUAAGCAUGUUGGUUUUGUCUCACCAAGUCUAUCUUUGGUUAGUAAACAUUUUAAACAUCUGUUCUAGUGUGCAAAUACUAUAGUUUCAUAUAAAAUAAACCAUCUUAAAAUUAAUAUGCUAGCCUUGCCUACUGUGAAUGUAUUUUAUUCAGAGACUAUGUAUAAAUACUCAAAAGUGGAAGUCAUGGUCAGUGUUGUAAAGCAUUUUAUUCUGAUAAAUGAGAAACUGGAUAUGAUGGCAAAAUAACUAUUUUCUCAAUAAAAUUUUAAAUUGC